AUGUCGCCAGUUUACUACCCUGAAGCAACAAUUCCAUUCCCUUCUGAGCUUCCGGUUGCCGAUCUUGAAGUCAUAGAUUAUGAGUUGAUCAAGAAAGGGAAUAAAGAUGAGAUCAACAGAAUGUGGAAAGCUUUCACUGGUGUGAGCUUCUUCUAUCUUAAAAACACGGGUGUUGAUCCUCAGCCAUUGAUUGACUUGGCAGAGACAACCUUUCCUGAAAAACUAGAAGAAAAAAUGCGAUUCCCUCAGGGAGACACUCGUUACACCUUUGGUUAUAAAGGAGGGUUCUAUGACGGGGCUGAGAUUAUGAAUGUAGGACACGAUGCAGUGGAAAGUUUUUUGAAAAACCAAGGUGGACGAGUCUCUUUAGAAUCUUCUGAUAGAACACUACCAUCAGUACAAGAUUUCAUGAAUGCUGGUCGAGAAGUUUCUUUGGUUCUCUUGGAUAUCAUCGAGAAGAAGUUAGAGUUACCGCAAGGUACUCUUGUAGAUUUACAUAAUGGAAAGAAUGGAAGUGGUGCUCGUAUCACCAUGACACCUCCUCUCAAAGCAGAAGCAAGUGAAGAAGAAAUCCACUCGGCUGAGCAUUAUGAUUUCGGAACCUUUGCAAUCCUUUUCGACAAUGUCGGUGGUCUUCAAUUCCAGGCCCCAGGUGAUUCGACAUGGCAAUGGAUGAAGCCAAUAGCAGGCUACGCAUCCAUCAACUCUGGUGACUACUUGAAAGCUUUAACUGGUGGAGCUAUUACCUCCUUGGCCCAUCGAGUCUUACCACCACCAGGUCAACAAUCAGCCCUUACAAGGUUCUCUCCAGUAUACUUUUGUCGUCCAAACUGGGGCGUUAAACCAAAAGCUGUGAUGGGAAUCUCUAUGGCUUAA